UGACACUAAUUUCAUUGUAGUGUAUUGAAGGUGUGUCGUAAAUCCUAAAUUCUAAAAAAUUAUACCAACAAAACACGAGUCUCUCACAAAAUAUUCGGGCGGAGGUGUGUCAAGCUAACAAAUGGGUCCGCCCCUGCUCCCGUGGCAGCACCACACAAAAUCCAAAAGGGAAACAAAAACAACCAGUUAAAUACACUAUUAAAAUUCUUAAAUAUGUUAUGUAUGUGUUAUGAAAGUAUAACUCACUGCUAUUUGCAACAAAUCCCAUUUGUUGUACUGUUUUUGUAUGUAUUUUCUUAUAUUUACUUGCUAGAUGUGCAUAAAAUAUAUAGUUUUCAGUGGGUUAGCACUUCAUACUUACUCGUAUUUGGAAUCUGAAAUGUGCAAUCAAUGAAAGGAAAGUGGAGACACUAAUUCUCAUUUCGAGACUUAAUAGCAAUGCAACCAUGCAUACUUGUCGAUUAGAAAACUAGGGGAAGGUUUUAAUUUCUUUCCACCCAAACUACUAAAAAGAACUUGGAAUUCCAAUGAAAACCGAUAGAUCAAAUUAGUUUUUUUAUAUUAUUUUAUUUGAUAACGUUUUUUAUAUUAUUAUACGCAGGCCUUUGUAUAUCUGCAAUGAAGCCAACAGUCGGUGAUUGAUUUAUAGAUACCAAGUUACGCCAUAAUACAACUAUUUCUAAUUGACCAUUUAGUUUAGGAUAAAAUUUGGAUGUCAUUUAAUGUUUAAGAUUUCACCAUUAAUAAGGGCGGAGAUCAACGAGGAUGAAAAAUCGAAUAUUGAUAAUGAAAAUCAAAUUGUACCUUUACAUGGACUGAACAACUGCUAUUAAAACUUACGAGAAAACUUUAGGAGUCGAAGCUUGAAAAACAUCGUCUCAUUCAAGCAAUUUAUGAAAUUUUUAUAUCUCGUGUGUAAAGAGAAAACUUUAGGAAUUUUUUUCGAUUUUUUAAAGAAGGGUACAAACUCUCUUUGGACUUUCAUUUCAUUAUCAAUAAUGAUCCAAUUGAAGUACAAAAUUGCUCGAUAAACUAUGAUAGUGUUAUGAUCCUUGAAUUCCAUUUGAUUAUAAAUAUAGCGUCACUGUAAGUGGUUCCAUUUAUUUUUACAAAAUAAAACUUGAACAUCAACUUCAAGAACACAUAAAAUUGUGCGGAAAAGCCACUGAAACUUCUUCUCCUUUCAACUACACAUUCAAAAUUUUCAUGUUAUGGAUAUUAAAACGGAAAAUCUAAUGAUCCUCCUCAGAUUUCUGGAUCUUCUUGAACUUUCUAAAUUUGUUUGUUAGAGAAUAGAGAUAAAUAAAUUUACAACUGAAAAAAAAUGUAAAUAAUAACAUAAAAAGUUAAAAACUCAGAAAGCCCAGACCUAAUUCUUCUCACUUCUCAGACCCCACACCACACGACCAUCAAUCAGACGACACGUGUCGCCCCGAACGAAUACCCUACCGGAUCACCGUCCAUUUCAGUCACCACAAGUGGGAGUCCAGCACGGCGUUCUCGCCGCAUCCGAAUACUUUUUCCACCCCCAACCUAGAUCCACCAACCCCCACCAGAUCCCAGCUCCUUUUCAUACGACACCGUUUCACUCCCCCCUCACCCAGAUCCAAUCACAGCCGUCCAUCUCCCCUCAGCCUUCCUCUUUAUAAACCCCAUCCACUCCCUUCACUCAACCCUGUCUCUCGCCUCACUUCUCAUCCCUCUCCUAAAUUUCUCAGAUCCCCAAUUCCCUCCCCGUUGCCGUCGCAAUGUCGCUCAUCGUCGACAAAACCUCCGCCGGCCGGGAGUACAAGGUCAAGGACAUGUCCCAGGCCGACUUCGGCCGCCUCGAGCUCGAGCUCGCCGAGGUCGAGAUGCCAGGCCUCAUCUCCUGCAGGACCGAAUUCGGACCCUCGCAGCCCUUCAAGGGCGCCAGGAUCACCGGGUCCCUCCACAUGACAAUCCAGACCGCCGUCCUCAUCGAGACCCUCACCGCCCUCGGCGCCGAGGUCCGCUGGUGCUCCUGCAACAUCUUCAGCACCCAGGACCACGCCGCCGCCGCCAUCGCCCGCGACUCCGCCGCCGUCUUCGCCUGGAAGGGGGAGACCCUCCAGGAGUACUGGUGGUGCACCGAGAGGGCCCUCGACUGGGGCCCCGGUGGCGGCCCCGAUCUCAUCGUCGAUGACGGCGGUGACGCCACCCUCUUGAUCCACGAGGGUGUCAAGGCCGAGGAGGAGUUCGCCAAGUCUGGCAAGGUCCCCGAUCCGGCUUCCACGGAUAAUGCCGAGUUCCAGAUCGUCCUCACCAUUAUAAGGGACGGGUUGAAGGUUGACCCCAAGAAGUACCACAAGAUGAAGGAGAGACUAGUGGGUGUUUCUGAGGAGACCACCACUGGUGUCAAGAGGCUUUACCAGAUGCAGGCCAACGGAACUCUUCUGUUCCCUGCUAUCAAUGUCAACGAUUCUGUCACCAAGAGCAAGUUCGACAACUUGUACGGUUGCCGUCACUCCCUCCCCGAUGGUCUCAUGAGGGCCACCGAUGUCAUGAUCGCCGGCAAGGUUGCAGUUGUCUGUGGUUAUGGAGAUGUCGGAAAGGGCUGUGCUGCCGCCAUGAAGCAGGCUGGUGCUCGUGUGAUCGUCACUGAGAUCGAUCCCAUCUGCGCCCUCCAGGCUCUCAUGGAAGGUCUCCAGGUGUUGACCCUCGAGGAUGUGGUCUCUGAGGCUGACAUCUUCUGCACAACCACCGGCAACAAGGACAUCAUCAUGGUCGACCACAUGAGGAAGAUGAAGAACAACGCCAUUGUCUGCAACAUUGGUCACUUUGACAACGAGAUCGACAUGCAAGGCCUCGAGACCUUCCCCGGUGUGAAGAGAAUCACCAUCAAGCCCCAGACCGACAGGUGGGUCUUCCCGGACACCAAGAGCGGCAUCAUUGUGUUGGCUGAAGGGCGUUUGAUGAAUCUCGGAUGCGCAACUGGCCACCCCAGCUUCGUGAUGUCCUGCUCGUUCACCAACCAAGUGAUUGCACAGUUGGAGCUCUGGAACGAGAGGUCCAGCGGCAAGUACGAGAAGAAGGUUUACGUUCUGCCCAAGCAUCUUGAUGAGAAGGUUGCUGCUCUUCAUCUCGGCAAGCUCGGAGCUAGGCUCACCAAGCUGACUAAGGACCAGUCCGACUACAUCAGCAUCCCCGUCGAGGGUCCUUAUAAGCCUGCUCACUACAGGUACUGAGCAAUACCACCAAGAGGAGGGGUGGAGAAGACCAGUGCGGUUUGUUUGGUUUGUUUUGCAUUCAGGAAAAGAACUCGGAUGAAUGAUUGUGUUUAGGCUUUUCUCAUUUAGAGUUGUGUUUUGUGGCUGGAAAGGGUAAUGGGUUGUUGGUGGAGGAGAGGAAUGGGUUGGGUCUUUUUGACCACAAACGGGUUGGAAGAAUAAUGGUCGGAUUUCGGGAAUGGGGCUGUGUGAGAUAGAUUUUGGGUUUUUGAUUCUGCAAAUUCGGAUUUUGUGCCGCUGCUGCGUGCUGCGCCGGCUUAUCAUCAUUUUUUACCAGAAAAAGAUAGACAAAAUGAAGAUUUGUUGAGCUUCACUAUCAUGUCAUUGGAUGGUUGUUGCUGUCGUUUCAUGUGUGGCGAUACUGUCGUAUUCUUGGUUCCAAAGUCCCAACACAGCUGGUGCAAACUGCAAAGAUAUUCCGGUAGGACAAGUACUAAUCUGCUUAGAAAAUCAUUAUCAGAUGGAACUGUUAAAAGAACUAGCCCUGGAGGUUUAAGUAACUCAGUAGUCAGUUAGAACUCAUCUUGAUAGGGUGUCUAUAAAUGGGAUGAUGAUUGGUUUAUUAGAGACAUUUAGAACCUAAGCAUGAAGAAAUUGUUGUGAUUCGAGUGUAUCUAAGGGUAUAAUACGGUCGUUCUGUGAGGUCUAUUUAAAAUGGUUGCAUUGCAAAAGAAAAAGUCAUACCAUUUCAAUCACUUAUUCGAGAAGGGAAGCAAAAUUCAACUAGUGAAGUUGUAGGAGAGAAAUCAAACCAGUAAAGUCAGAAGUUUACAGGAUUAACAAGUAGAUGGUGAGGAAAUCGUGAUGAAUAUCAUAUCGACGCAAUUUAUCAUACACGACAGUUCAAGAUUGUGUAAUGUGUAUAACAGACAUUUCAAACAGAAGAGUGUGGGAAACAGAUUAAUUGUCGUUUUUUAUUUAAUUCGGGUUAGUUUCGGUUUUUAAGGUUUGGGGUAUUAUUUGGGGUAUUCGGGAAUGAACAUGGAGUUGAGUG